AUGGCCGGACUUUCUGGAGACAUCAAUCUGAUCGCAUCAUCCAUCCAAUAUGUAAUCAACGUCGUCAUGACCGUCCCCGCCCUUGUUUAUAUGGACCGCUGGGGUCGUCGCCCCAUGUUCGUGAUCGGCGCCACUCUCAUGGCAACAUGGAUGUUCGCGAACGCAGGAUUAAUGGCGACCUAUGGUCACGCUGCACCCGAAGGCGGAGUUGGCGGGAUUGCAGAGCAGAGUUGGGAGAUCACUGGCGCCCCUUCACACGCUGUCAUCGCCUGCACGUACCUCUUUGUUGCCAGCUAUGCCCCGACCUGGGGCCCCGCCUCCUGGGUGUACCCACCCGAGAUCUUCCCUCUCCGUCUGCGCGGAAAAGCCGUUGCUCUCACCACCUCAUCUAAUUGGAUCUUCAACUUCGCUCUCUCAUACUUCGUUCCCCCGGCAUUCGUCAACAUCCAAUGGCGUGUGUACAUCAUCUUCGGCGUCUUCUGCACCGCCAUGGCGAUCCACACGUUCUUCAUGUUUCCGGAGACGGCGGGCAAGACGCUCGAGGAUGUUGAAGAAAUGUUCAUGGAGGGCGUGCCAGCUUGGAAGACGAGGGUUGAUUAUAGCAAUUCGAGACGAGCGGAGCAAGGGGAGGUGGAUCCGGAGAAGGCGAAGGGGCUUGAGCAUAGCCCGGUUAGGGUGGAGGAUGCUGAUGGGUGGGAAGGCUUAGUGGUGAUUGGAGCGGGAGCAUAG